AUGUUGAAGUUACUUCAAGUUCUUCUUGCUGCUCCAGCACUCGCCGCGGCGGCCAAUUUCCCGGGUAUUCCUUAUGCAGCACCACCUACAGGCUCGAGACGCUGGACUCCUCCUAAAAAGCCCGACUCUUGGACUGAAACACUCAAUGCCACCGCGUUCGGUCCCCAGUGUGCCCAGCCAUACUCUGAUGCUGGUAUCUUCUCUUCUGGCAAGAAUUCAACCAGCGAGGACUGCUUGACCUUGAACAUCUGGACUCCGACCUACGACACCACCGAUGCCACCGAGAUUAAGAACAAGAAUCUUCCCGUUUACGUUUGGAUUUUCGGUGGCCGUUUUGAAGGUGGCUCUGGAGACGUUAUCACCUAUGAUGGAACCGGUCUUGCCUCUAAGGAUAUCAUUGUUGUUACUAUGAACUACCGUCUCGGUGCCUUUGGUUUCCUUGCUCACCCUGACCUGUCCAUUGAGUCUGGGCACAACAGCUCUGGAAACUACGGUAUUCUGGACCAGCAAUUUGCUCUUCGCUGGGUCCAAGACAACAUUGCCCACUUCGGUGGAAAUGCUAGCCAGGUCACUGUUGGUGGUCAGUCUGCCGGAUCUGCCAGUGCAUUGGACAUGAUGUGGAGUCCUCUCAGCAGCGGUUUGAUUCACGGUGUUAUUGCUGAAAGUGGUGCUCGUGGACCUCACGAUCCUGCCACUGGCAGUGUGGCUACUAGCUACAACACUAAGGGUGUUGCUGAGGACUUCGGUGUCACCUUCCUGAAGACCAUGAACGUCUCCUCGAUUGCUGAGCUUCGAGAGCUCCCCAUGGCCGACCUUAUCGGCGAGGGCCAGCUUGUUGAAGACGAUUAUUUUGACGGCACUGCCUUCUCUGACCUCUGGUCUGGACCUCCCCCGCUGGCGUCCCAGUCUCUUAACCUGGGUGCCCACGCCGAUGUGCCCAUCAUGACCGGUAACAACAAGAAUGAGAACGAUGGAGGCGCUUCAACUGUCUCCGACUACAAGACCCUAUGGACCAAGGUUUUCGGUAACUACUCUUCGGAGUUCUUCUCUCUCUACCCCGCCAAGACGGACACCCAGGCAAGUGAUAACAGCAACGCUGUGCUUCUUGAUAUGGCCCGCGUUGGAACCUGGGAGUGGGCUGCUGAAUGGGCUGCUGGUGGCGCGAAGAGUGAUGUCUUUGUGUACUACUUCACAAAGGCUCCUGCUGAGGAUGAAGAGGGCGGUGCCUACCACGGUGCUGAGAUCUGGUAUGCCUUUAAUAACAUUCCUUACUCGGACUACUCCAAUGUUACUUGGAAUGUUACCGAUUACAAGAUUGAAUCUGUGAUGUCUGAGUAUUGGGCCAACUUCAUCCGCACCGGCAACCCCAAUGGUGAUGGUUUGGUUCACUUCCCUGCGUCCUCCAGCAACUACUCCGCUAUGCACCUGGGUAAAUCUUUCGGUGCGGUGCCAAUCGCUGCGUCCAAGAAGCGCAUUGGCUUCCUUCGUCGCUGGAUGUCUACUUUGCACCAGUACUGA